GCGCGCGAUUCUGUACGCGUGCGCACGCCGCGGUGCGUUCGACGUUCCAUUUUCAAAAACUCGAAACAAACGAUUCAGUGCACACGGUCGCCAGUGGUCGACUUACGAAAUUUUGAAUUCAAAUUUCGAAAGUGUAAGCAGUGACAGUUUGUGUGAAUUUAAAUUCUGAAUUGUAAAAGGUAAUUACGACGCCUAGACAAGUGCAUGGCUAUUGUUUGCUUUGUUGACGUGCACCAGCUGUCAAAAUAUAAUACGGAUUAUCAAGAUUAUGAAGCUGGACCUACUUACAACAGUUUUUUGUGAUAACUGUCGGCGAUAAGAUCCACGUUGUACUGGUAACCUACAAAGAAUAGUUGCACCAGAUUCUAGUGGAAAUCAAGAUCCAAUCAUUGAAAAACAAAUUGAAAUUGGAACGAACGAUGACUGAUUAGACAUUAAUACUGGCCACACGCCGAAACAUCGUACUGAUUAAAAAAAAAAAAGUAAAAAAAAACAUAAUGUCACGGGCAACGGCGCCGAGUUGAUUCGAUAUUUGAAAAUGUCCGUGAGUGUUACUUAGGGUUGUAGAAAAUAAAGAUGGCGCACAAAAUAAAAAAUAACCACUAUGUGGCUACGCACAGAUCUGGCGUAGACUCACCGUCGUCUGGUGGAUAUUUGCCCAGAGCAUCAUCCAGAGACGAAAAUGACAGCCACCGAGCUCCUUCUGAAAGGACAUUAUCUGAAUAUACGACAAUGGACGAGAGAACCCGAUCACCUUCCGGUGAACACCGAAACGGCGACCACCGGAACGGUGAUCAUCGGAACGGUGAUCACCGGAACGGUCGACGGUCGCACCCGAACGGCUCACCUCGCGCCGACUCCGGUUCUGACGUGUACGUCACCAGUGCCGCCUACCGUCCACCCUCCGAAAUGAGUCGACAGUCGCGAGCGCCGCGCAGCGUGUAUUCGUACAGGAGCGCGGUGGCGCCCUCUGUCGCAUCUACCCACAGAUCCAAAGUUUCAAGAAAGGCUGGUGUGAAGGUAGACGCGAUGGCGGCUCCGAACCCUUUUUGCCCGAACGUGAAGGGCAUGUGUUGCCUGAUGCUGCUCCUCAACUUAGGUCUCAUACUGGUCACCCUUGGGUUCGUGAUCGUGCUGCAGUUCUUCGAGCCUCUGUUUGUAUGGAUAUUGGGGAUAGUUUUCCUCAUAUUCGGUUUCCUCACGCUCCUCGGCAGCCUCAUAUACUGCGUGGUACUCUGUCGAGAGAAUCCCUACCCGCGGUACCCAGACGACUUCUACUGGACCCAUCACUGGUCUAAGACUAUAGGUCCUUCGGAGAUCCACUACAGCACGAGUGAGAAACAAUACAGACAGAACAGUCAUAGCGACCGAUACAAUAAAUAUAAUGGCAAAUAUUCCGACAGAGAAAGUGCUAAAGGUUACUCUGAUAGAGAGAGCAAAUUAAGUAGGUACUAAUGAUAUUAAUAAUGGUAAUUGGAGGUUUAAUUUGUUUAUCGAACGCGACGUUCGAUUUUUAAAUACGGUUUUUCACGGCCCGGGCACGUUGGCCUUUGGUCAAUUUGAAAUAUUUGAAUUUUGUAUUGCGAGAUGCCAGUGCCGUGUUAACAUGUAUUCAACGGAAACUCUCCGUAGACUUUUUAUAUUGUCAAAAAUUAAUGUUGAAUUGUCGAAUAAUGUAUAAUAUUUCUUUUUUUUUUUAUUGUAUCAAUAAAUUACUAUUGUUUACUUAUUAUGCUUCACUAACUUUUAAUCAUGUAAACAGUAUCAAUUUUAAAAUUCGAACUGAGUUCGUAUGGCCGAUGAUCCCAGUUUCCAUAAUGGAUGAACGUAUUUAUAUGUUUAGUAUUUUAUUAAAACUAGUAACAAUUAUAUCUUCCUUAGUGAACAUACACUCUUACGGUUAUAACAUUUCAUGUAAAUAUUAAUUAUAUUAUAAUUAAGUAUACUAGCGGACACUCUUUGAAUUGAAUGCCAUAUUAAAUUAAUAUUAACUGUUUCAAAGAGUGUUUAGUUUAUAUUAUAAAAUAUAUAAGAUGUAAAGGUAUAUAAUAAUAUUAACAAAAAUUUUAUUAUGAAUUUUUAAGAUGUCAAAUACAUUCUUACAAAUUAAAAAUAUCUAACACUACCUAUAUCCACCAUAUUGAUUUUUUUUUGUUGUUUAUAUAAAAUUUCAUUCAUUUAUUUACAAAAAAUAAUAACACUGUUUAUAAUACUGUUAUAUAUUAUUAUACUAAUAUCUAAAGUAUACUCUAUAAUUAGUACAUUUUGCAGGAAAAUUUAACUUACAAUUUUUUAGUUUCAUUUUUGAACAUGUUUAAAAUAAUUUAGAACGUAUUGUUUAAUAUCAAUCAAUCGUUUAUGAUUAAUUUUUCUAACUAUAUUUAACCUGUUUCUAUUCAAAAAUAGGAUUUUUGAAUUAUGUAUUUGAUAUUUUGUAUUUUCUAUGUUUAUUUACCUCUAAUUUCUAAAAAAAAAUCUGAUUUUUUCUACGUGUUUGUAAAAUUAUGUACAUGAUUGAAGUACAAUUUUAUUAUUAUUUUUUUCGAAAGCAUCUAACAUGUUUCCAUGCGAAAUAUUUUCAUAAAACUUUUGUAUUAUACAAAAAUAUAUAUAACUGAUCUAACUCCAUGUUAUUGACACCAACAUAUCUAUUUAAAAAUAAUUAUAAAAUA